CUAUCGACAUUAUUAUUGUCAACAUUAUCUGUUAUAAUUGUCGAUGCGACUGUACCUGGGUCGUCUAGUUCCAAUGAGAUAACAUAUACGCAGAAGAGACGAGCACAACCUAACACUGGUGCUGCAUUGUACCCACAGGCGAGCGACACACGAGAUGUGAUAACUUUAGACGGAAUAUGGAACUUCAGAAAGUCCCCAACAGAUCCUGAACAUGGAUACCGCAAUGGAUGGUACGAACACGAUCUAGAAAAGUCAGGUCCAGUGAUCCCGAUGCCUGUACCAUCAUCGUACAACGAUGUAGGAGAGGACGGUUCUCUACGAGAUCAUGUUGGACUGGUGUGGUACGACAGGAGAUUCUACGUACCCUCCGCCUGGCAACAGAACAAGCAGCGCAUCUGGCUUCGAUUUAGCAGUGUACACUACGCCGCACAAGUUUGGGUAAAUGGUAAACUGGUGACAUACCAUGAAAUGGGCCAUCUACCCUUCGAGGUGGAGAUCACGGAUGUUGUCUGCGAAAAGGGAAGCAAUCUACUCACUGUGGUAGUAGACAACACAUUGCUGAGUGACACCGUCCCUCAAGGCAGUAUUAGAGACACAUUUGUAGGAGCAAACGUACACGUUCGAUUUCUUCAACUACGCGGGCAUACAUAGAACUGUCUUCUUGUACUCGACUCCUCAAAUAUACAUCGAUGACGUAAUAGUUAACACUGAUAUACAAGGGCUGACAGGUUUCAUUGUGUACAAUGUUACACAGAAAGGUUUAAGCGACGGCGGUUCUGUCGAAUGUUUGAUUCAAAUACUGGACAAGAACGACACGCAGGUGGCGGCGGCCAAUGACUGCGCGGGCCUCAUUGAGAUCGGCAAUGCUAACUUCUGGUGGCCAUACCUGAUGCAUCCCAAUCCUGGAUACUUGUACACAUUUAGAGUCAGUCUUAUUGGAAUUCAAGGAGAAACAAUUGAUACGUACAAUCAAAAAAUCGGUAUAAGAACUGUCACUUGGAGUAACACGACUAUCUUUAUCAACGACAAACCGAUUUAUUUGAAAGGAUUCGGGAUGCACGAGGAUUCAGAUUUACGAGGCAAAGGUUGGGAUCAAGUGCUGUGGGUGAAGAACUUCAACCUGAUCAGAUGGCUGGGAGCGAACGCGUUCCGCACCUCGCACUACCCCUAUGCCGAGGAGAUCUACCAGCUGGCCGAUGCUCAGGGCAUCAUGAUUAUUGACGAAUGCCCCGGAGCUGACACAGAUGUAUUUUCCGACGCCCUGUUGACUAAACACAAGCAGUCGCUGACGGAGCUGAUCCGCCGCGACAAGAACCACCCCAGUGUGGUGAUGUGGUCCGUCUCCAACGAGCCCAGGUCCGCCAACAGACUUGCUGAUGCUUACUUUGGCGAAAUAGUUCGACACGUAAAAUCCAUGGACCUGUCACGACCUGUUACCAUUGCAAUCUCUCAGCACUACGCAGCCGACAGAGCCGGGCAACAUCUCGACGUGAUAUGCUUCAACCGGUACAACGGGUGGUACACAUCAACGGGCUCGCUGUCCGUGAUCACCAACAACGUGGUAGAGGAGGCCACCGCCUGGCACCUCAAGCACAACAAACCUGUCAUCAUGACGGAGUACGGAGCCGACACCAUCGCUGGACUGCAUCUCAUUCCUGAGUACGUAUGGGCGGAAGAAUAUCAAGUAGCCUUAAUGUCGGAGCACUUUAAAGCAUUCGACAAGUUGCGACAAGCCGGAUUCUUUACGGGCGAAUUCAUUUGGAACUUCGCCGACUUUAAGACUGCUCAGACCAUAACUCGAGUAGGUGGAAAUAAGAAAGGUAUUUUCACACGAUCGAGACAACCUAAGGCUUCGGCACAUCAUUUAAGAGCGCGGUACCUCUCCCUAGCGGCCGCAGACGCCGGCACAGCGGCGCCCGAUGUCUCCUACUACGUAUCAGACAACAAACCGACGCACCAUGAAUUAUAAACUGUAAUAUAGGCUAUUUUUAAGAUAUCGGUAUUACCUAUUUUUGUUAUAUCGAUAAAGAAUGUUUGUGUAUGUAAGUACCUUCUUGUAUGUAUUCAAUGAUUGAGUCGUAUAAACUGCCAUUAAUAGGGUAUAUUUUGUAAUAGUUAAGUAUUUUCCUAGAAUAUUGUUGUGGUAAUGCGUUAUUUUACUAAAUGACACAAUGUCAAUAAUUGAAAUAAUCUGUUAUACUGCCGAAUAUCGUAUCGUUAUUCUACUGAAAUUAAAUUGAAUCUAACAUUUCAAUUGACUAAUAAUGUCAAGCUAAUUGAACACCAAUAUUGUACUUGCAGUUAUUAUUGUUACAUCAUAAACCUUUCUCUAGAUUUUCAACGUAACUUUCAAAUCAAUCUGCCUUCGCCAAUUAUACGUAUCAUAUGUCGUCUAUCGCUGUCUGUUCUGUAUUAUUCGUCUUACAUACCUAUUUUAUUGUAACAGUGGAUGAAAGUUUAUUAUUCAAAUUACGAACACUUAUUAUAGCAGAAUUACCGAUGUCCGUCCACAAAUUCGUCCCUUUGGUAAAUAAUAAUUAGGUUUUUUUUUCAACUUUAUUGCUUCAGGCGAAUUUUUUUUAAUAGUUGAACUUCCCUAUUCGAAUGGCUUACAUUGGCGAUUGAUACUGCAGAUUAAAAAAAACAUUUAUUAUUUUCGGAAUUACAUCUUGUGGAUUAUACGUAUAUAUAAAAUAUACAUGUCCCGAUUAAAUGUAGUGAUAUAAAUUGAUAUCUACGUACUAAAUAGAGAUAUUUGUGAAAACUUUGACCUAUGUUACAGCAUAAGUACAAUAAAGUUAAUUUAUUAGAUUUUGGUGUGUACAAGUAUCUGUUAUAAAAUCCAAGAAUGUUGCUACAACCUAACAGGAAUAUGAAUGUCGUGACUGUAAAUAUUUAUGAGAAUAAUUAAAGUACAAAAGAAUA